GAUGCCAUUGAUUGAAACACAAAACUUGAGAGAUAGAGCAGAGCACCGAAAUGGGGCUAUGGAAGCAGUAAACAAUUGAGUGUUUGCUGAUCAAAAAAAUGUUUGAGUAUGUGAGAAAGGAAGCCAGAGAAAGAGAAAGAGAAAGAGAAAGAAAGAUUAAGAGAUGGAAAUACAGAGAGAGAUUCGAGAGGGAGAUGAGUGAAAAUUAUUGUGUCUUGGAGAAACUGAAUCAUCUAAUGAUCAGUAAGGCGUGCAAUUUGACCGCAGAUCAGAUUGAUCAUCUCGACUCUUUUUAUCACCGGCUAAGAUUCCUAGCAAUCGUUCUCAAGGAUAUGGACGAGAAGCAGCAGCAGCAUGAGAUGAACUAUGAAGCUAAAAGCCUGUCGAUGCAAAUUUAUUAUGUGAUCUGCAAGACAAGACAACUCGUCCGUUCUUUUGAUGUUGAAGUUUCAGGGCAGAGGGACAGUUUUUUUGAUAUUUUUUUUGGCAUAAAUAUCAUGGAAGAGAUUGAGACGAUCGAGGCAAAAGUGGUGCAGUUUUAUGACCAGAUAUAUCAGAUCCAACUCCUACAAGAUGAGAAGUCCUUCAAUGAUGGAGUCCAAUCGUCAAUGUCAACGGAGAACAGAACCACGGUAGAGGAAGAAAUUAUGGUGGGCUUUGAUGAUGAGGCGUUGACUAUAGAAGAGCGACUUAUUGCUGGAGGAGGGAAGAGGCAGCUACAAAUGAUAAAAGAGCGACUUAUUGCUGGAGGGAAGAGGCAACUACAAAUGAUAAAAGAGCGACUUAUUGCUGGAGGGAACAAGCUGCUACAAAUGAUAAAUUCGUCAACGUCAAUGCCAAUGCCAAUGUCAAUGUCAAUGGGGAACAGAACCAUGGUAGAUGAAGAAAUUACAGUGGGCUUUGAGGAUGAUGCGUUGGCUAUAAAAGAGCUACUUGCUGGAGAGAACCAGCAGCUACAAAUGAUAUCAAUUGUUGGGAUGCCUGGACUUGGUAAGACUACUUUAGCCAGAAAAUUGUACAAUGAUCCUUACAUCACAUACUACUUUCAUAUUCGUGCAUGGACCUAUGCUUCUCAAUUACCCACAAAAAGAGAUAUGUUGUUGGACAUUUUACGUUCUUUUAAUGUCGUCUUUACCGAUGAAAUUAUAAACAUGACCAAUGAGAAGCUAGGUGAAAAGUUGUACAAGCAAUUAAAAGGCAACAAAUAUCUCAUUGUCAUUGAUGAUUUAUGGGAUAUUGGUGCCUGGGUCGAUCUUAAAAUGUAUUUCCCCAAUGACAACAAUGGAAGUAGAGUUAUGUUCACUAGUCGCCUCAAAGAGUUGGCUAUGCAUGCCUCACCUGAUUGCCAUCCUCAUUGUCUGCGUUUUCUCACUGAAGAAGAGAGUUGGGAGUUGUUACAACAGAAGGUGUUUCAAAAUGAAAGUUGCCCUCCAGAACUGAUUAUAAUUGGGAAGGAAAUAAUGAAAAAAUGUGCAGGGCUUCCACUUGCAAUUGUUGUAAUAGCAGGACUUCUUGCAAGGAACAUCAAGACACAAGAGUCAUGGAAACAAGUUGCCCAAAGUGUAAGCUCAUACAUUGUCAGUGAUCCAAACCAGUACUUGGACACACUAGCACUGAGUUACAAUCACUUGCCUCACCACUUGAAACCAUGCUUUCUCUAUUUAGGAGCAUUUCCAGAAGAUCAAGAAAUCUCGGUGCAGAAAUUAAUUUGGUUAUGGAUAGCUGAGGGGUUCAUACAAAAAAUUGAGCAGAAAAGCUUGGAGGAAGUAGCAGAGGGUUACUUAAUGGAUCUAAUUCAGAGAAGUCUGGUAAUUGUUGCUCAAAACAGGUUUGAUGGUCGAAUUAAAACAUGUCGCAUGCAUGAUUUGUUGCGUGAUUUAUGCUUGAAGAAAGCCAGAGAAAUUAAUUUCCUAAAGUGGAUUCACAAUUAUGAUGAUGCUUAUCCUCCUCCGCCAAGUAAUUACAAAGCAAAUAACCAAUGUCGCCUGUGUUUCGGUUUUGACUUCUUGGAAAAAUGUGAUCAUGUUCUCUUAGAGUCUUAUUCCCCAUUAGUUGUUCAAUCAUUAUUGUGCUUCAGAAAUAAGUCUGGGAUAGAAAUUAGGUACGGCGACAGUGGGUUUGGUGAUGUGUUCUCGUUUAUUUGUUGCAACUUCAAACUUCUUAGAGUGUUGGACGUAUGGUACAUCAACGCCUUCUUUUCAAGAGAAUUAACACAACUAGUUAAUUUGAGGUAUUUGGCAAUUAAUUUGCUAGGUCGCCAUGAAUUAUCGCCAUCAAUAUCCAAUCUCUCAAACCUAGAAACACUUAUUAUUAUUUGUACACAACGGAGGGAGGUUAUUCUGCCAUGUAAUGUUUGGAAUAUUGCAAAAUUGAGGAAUUUUUAUGCUAAAGGACGAGCAACAUAUGCUGCAUCUUUAUGUUCUGAAGAAGUAGUAACAGAUCACAACCAUCCCUAUAUAUUAGAAAACCUACGAACCAUCGCAAACUUAGACCAUUAUGGAUCUAUUCAGGAUUUAUUGGCAAGAACUCCUUAUCUUACAAAGUUGGGAAUUUGUGGACAACUGAUUUCAGGUUCGGGGAAUUCAAUGUUUCCUAAUCUAGAAUUUUUAGGACACCUUGAGACUUUGAAGCUACAAAACAAUUAUUUAACCAGUAACCCAACUACUCUCGGAGAGGUCAAGUUCCCCGCAAAUAUUAGAAGGCUAACCUUGAAAAAUACAGGGAUAGAGUGGGAGGAGAUAUCAGUCCUUGGGAUGAUGUUACCCAACCUUGAGCUUCUCAAAUUAGAAAAUGAUGCUGCCCGGGGACAGCAAUGGGCAACAACUGAUGGUGGGUUUCCUCGACUCAAAUUCUUGAAACUGAGGAGCCUCAAUGUUGAGCGAUGGAUCACCUGCUCUGAUCACUUUCCAAGCCUUCAACACUUAUCGUUGGGAUGCUGUCAUUUUCUCGAGGAAAUACCAUCUAGUUUGGGGGAGAUACUCACUCUGCAGCUGAUGGAGGUAAACAGUUGUCGCACUGUUGAGGAAUCUGUCAGGAAAAUUAAGGAAGAGCAAGAGAGCAUUGGAAAUAAUUGGUUGAAAGUGCUGAUUAGGGAACGGUGGACCUGUGCGUACAACUUCUAAAGGAUGAAGAUUGUCUUGCUUAUGGCUUCCCUCCCUUGUUCUGAAUCAAACAGAAAUGGUGUUUUCAAAGGUGCUAUCAGAGAAAAUGUACCAAUUAGAGAUUGAGUGUUUGAUUGCGCUAGAAAUUGCUAGUUAAGUGUGCUUGUUAUGUAAUAUAACUGUUUGUGAGUGCUUAUCUGUAAUAUCUAACUACUGAAUUCACCCAAAAAAAUAUAUAACUACUGUUUGUGUGGAAA